GAAAUGCGGCCAUCUUGGCCCAGAGGCUCCCUGGCCUGGUCGAGUCCGUGCUGGAGUCCAGGCAUGCGGAAGAGCGAGGCUUUGACCUUCAUGAUGCUGCUUUCGUGGUGGCGGCAGUAGAGCGGUUGAUCUUCGAUGAGGAAAGCCACAUGCUUGCCAAAUCCUACGAGGCCCAUGGCCAGACUCCCCAGAAGUCUCUAGGCGAGACGGAGAUGCAGCAGGUGGUAGAAGACUACCUGGUGCGCUGGUUGAUGGGAGAUGACGAAGAAGGUACGAAGUUGCUCCUGGACAACCGGACUUUGCUG